AAAAGACGUAAAAAACUAUUCCUCAUAUGUAGACGUAGAGGUGAAUAUUAUUUGGUUGGUGUGUAUGUAUGGCGGUUGACAGCCAAUGCCAGUCGAACGACAUGGCGGGCAUUAUUAGGGAUAAUGAUCGUACAUUAUUCCCUAUUAAAAAUAUAUCAUCAGUGUUAGAUAUAUUUAAAAAUCAAUUAGAAAAUAGUCCUGAACCAGAUUUGGCUUUGUUAUCAAUAAUUGUUGGUGCUGUUGAAAAUUCAUUGACAUGUAAUAGAGGAAGCGCCAAUUUGGAAUUAUAUCAACCAAUGGAUUCAUCUAGUUUACCAACAUUGGAAUUACAUAUCGCUGAUGCUUUAUAUACAAAAUUUCAUUCAUUAAUCAAAAGUUCUGUUGAUAUGACUAAAUAUAAGAAUAAAUCAUAUGCGUCACGGGAAAUUGUUAAACGUGUGUCAGAUGUUAUAUGGAAUUCAUUAACGCGCAGUUACUAUAAAGAUCGCGCACAUUUACAAAGUUUAUAUAGUUAUUUGACAGGCAACAAAUUAGAUUGUUUUGGGGUUGCUUUUGCAGUUGUUGCCGGUUGUCAAGUGUUAGGUUUUAGUGAUGUACAUUUAGCAUUAUCUGAAGAUCAUGCAUGGGUUGUGUUUGGAGAGAAUGGCACAGAAACGUCGGAGGUUACUUGGCACGGUAAAGGUAAUGAAGAUAAGCGAGGGCAAAGUAUUGGUUUAGGUGUAUCUUCACGAUCGUGGUUAUAUGUAAAUAAUUGUCCUGUGAUUUGUACACGAUCUAUGGAAGUUGCGGCAUUAGUUUCGGCGAUUAAUCCUUCGUUAAAUGCAACAAAUGACGCGUACGAAGUUGCACUGUUACAGCAAGAGUUAUUAUGGUUGUUGUAUGAUUUAGGUCAUUUAACAAAGUAUCCAAUGGCUUUAGGAAAUCUUGGGGAUUUAGAAGAAAUUGCAUCUACACCUGGCAGACCGCCAUGUGCUACGCUAUUUAAAGAAGCGAUUAAAUCAGCUAAAACAUAUUACAGCAAUCAUCACGUUUACCCUUACACGUAUCAAGGCGGAUAUUUUUAUCGUAAUAAAAUGUACAAAGAGGCUUUUGAAAGUUGGGCAAAUGCAGCAGAUGUUAUUAGACAAUACAAUUACUCCAGGGACGAUGAGGAAAUUUACAAAGAAUUUUUAGAAAUUGCCAAUGACUUGAUACCAUAUGUAAUAAAAGUGGUAAGUUCAGGUCAUUCAGCACGAUCAAUAUUAAAAGAUCCAGAAUGUUUUGCAUACUUAUUACGCUUCUAUGAUGGCAUAUGCCAAUGGGAAGAGGGUAGUGCAACACCGGUAUUACAUAUCGGUUGGGCUAAAUCACUUGUAAAUACAAUAUCGAAGUUUGAUUCAGAUAUACGUGCACAAGUAAUCAUUAUAUGUGAAGACGUUGAACCAAAUACAACCGCUUCUUCAGAGGAUAUUAAAUCUAAUGAUAUUGAAACGAACAACGGCCGCUAUGUGAAUAAUAACAAUAAUUAUUGUACGGCAAAAGAUGACGGCGAUGAAUUUAUUAAAGUACUCGAGUCAAAAGUCACUGCGAAGACAAGUCAGAAAAUAAAUUUACAUCCAAGUAUAGAAGCAUUGACAGCCGCAUGUGGGGAGAAAAUUUUAAAUCCGGAAUAUUUAUUACAAGGUGGAGGUGAACCGUUUGUUGGAACAAGUGUCGAAAAAGAUACCGACUCGACAUCUUCAUCACCGUCACAUGCAGGUACGUCUAAAGAAAUUGUAGAUAUUAAGUCCGAUGUAAUUGAAAAAACCAAUAAAAAAUGUGAAAAUAAUAUUGUUAUUGAAAAAGAGGAAGAAGUUGAUAAAAAACCUACGGUUCGACUUUAUAGUCAAAAAAUGAAAGGUUUAAAAGAUUUAUUAUUAGCCGAAAAAUUAAAUACUCAGGCAAUAUCAUUACAAUUAACAGCACAAUCACAGGUACAGGUUGGUAAAAAAGGUCGUGGUGAUUUAGAUACAGUUAAUGUACGACCUAAACGAACGCGUCGUGAAUAAGCGAAUUUCACCGUAUAUUUUUUAAUUUAAAACAAAAUCCCUUUUUCGUUUCUGUUUUAUAUAUUAAAUUUGGUGAGAAUUUUUUUUGUUAAUCUAGAAAGUUUAGAUGUUUUUCAAUGUUUAAAAAUAUUUUAAGAGGAAACACAUUCGAAUUCGAAGUCAGAUAAUUCGAUUUUAGUGAACAGUUGAAAAAUUAGUUAAAAAUCUUUCAUACGUGUUUCUUUUUUAUUGAGAAAAAUCGCAUCUCCAAGAUAGUGAUAUUAAGGCUACGAUCUUGUUCAAAACGAUUUACUACAACAAAACGACAGCUGAUAGAUAGAUAAAUCAGCCAAUCCAAAUAUCGACGGCAAUGUUAAUUAAGUAACUUGAAAGUUACCUAAAAAUGAUCAAUUGUCACCAAAUGACGGUAUCUUGUGGAAGGCGUCGAGUACACAUUAUUCAUCAUACAUCAUAACUUUAGCUGCGUAAAUCUUUCGCAGGUGCUAAGGUCAUCUGACUCAUGCAAGCGAGGCGGUUUUUUAACUCAUGUUCACUAAAUGGAUUUUUAUCGAAAUACUCGAAUAGAACUUGUUUCACAAAUAUUUUUCCUAUAAAUGAAGUAUUCACGUUUCCUUUAUUGAUGGAAUCGAACUAUUUCGAAGAUACCAAAACUGAAUAAAACCUAUUUAAGUGGCAUAAGAUCGAAUGAAGAUAAAAAC